GGGGGAUACUCCGAUUUCGCUCUGGAGUGUGACGGUGUCAAGAUUCCCGUCCAUAAAGUAAUCGUCUGCUCUCAGAUACAAGCAUUCGCAGCUGCCUGCGCCGGUGGCUUCAAGGAGGGUUGUUCCGGCAUCUAUCGCAUUGAAAAGUUUCCACUAUUCUCAGUACGCAACCUGGUACAAUUUCUCUAUACCGGAGACUAUGAUCUCACCAACGACGCCGGUGUCCCCGUGCUGCCUCCCUCUCUUUCUCCCUCCGCCGCCACUACCGCUGCUGUUACCACUGCUGCCGUCGUCGCAGAUCUCUCGAAGAACCUUGUUGCGCACAUCCAUAUGGCCGAGAUCGCGGAUUACUACCACGUGCUGGGACUCAACGAGCUCGUUCACAAGAAGGUUGACGAGACGCUGCGACUGCCGUGGUCCCCGGAGGGCUUUGCUGACGCGGUGAAUAUGGCUUUCAAGAUUGCCGAUGACGACGUACUUCGCGAAAGGCUUGCAGCGACCGUCGCCGACCAUCUCGACGAUUUUUUAGGGACCGACAAUCGCAUC